CUUCAGUCGGGGAUACACAAAGGGACACUUCAUACUUCACGAUUUACAGGUUCUUUUUCUCUACAUAAAGUGGACAUGUGGGUGGCAAGUUUGACAGUAAUGAUGACGUCAGUGGUAAUGGUGGUGACGUCACGAGCUGAAAGGACUUCAGCAGCGCCACAGUGCGAAGUGGACGCUACUCAAGGGGCGAUCGAGAAGGAGACCGGGGCUUAUGUGAACAACUCCCGUCUCCAUCUGUGGUUCAAGGCAGACACAGCAGCUGAGGUCACACUUGUUAUAAAGCACGGCCAGGAGAAAUCAGAGGAAAAGUUCGAUGUUGACAGCGAUAACAUUGGCACUUGGCAUAAAUUAAUUGUGAUGUAUCAUAAGGUAUACGGUUUAAAAUGGGCUGCGCUGAAAAAAAACAAAUAUGUAGACAAAAACAGAUACAAGAAAGACUGGCAGGUGGCACUGAAGAGUAACACCAUCGUUAUCUGGUCUACCUGUGACAUGCGUGUGACUUCAUCCCAGCCAGCGCCAUGUCAAAACGACGAGCAGGAAGAAUGCGGAGGGAACCAGGAUCCCUCCUUGCUGUACGCCGUGUACGGGAUGACUAUUCUCUGCGCCUUGCUUGUGCUCAUCAGCUUGGCCCUGUAGUGAGAAUCCUCUCCGUCAUGAGAAGCAAAGCGUCAGUGGAGGGCCUGGCCACAGCAACUUAUUCAGCACCAAGGAAACCUAUCGACGAGGA